GUUUUAUUGAAAAACUAUCGUGCUAUUGGUAGAAGUGAGCGUCGUUGUUUUUACUAGUGUUAACUUUUUAUACUUUUUUUUAUCCUGAAAUAUACAGCUCAGUUUUUUUUACUUUGCAUUGAACAUUUAGAGUAAAAUGGAAGUCGAUAAGAAUGAAAGUGUUAAUGGAGUAGAAUUAACAGAAACGGAAAAUGAGUUAUAUGAUAGGCAAAUUCGUCUUUGGGGCUUGGAGUCGCAAAAAAGAUUACGUACGGCAAAAAUACUGGUUGCAGGACUAAAUGGACUUGGUGCCGAGGUUACAAAAAAUAUCAUUCUUUCGGGCGUUCAUUCGGUAAAAUUGCAAGAUGAAAAAAAUGUGACAGAAGAGGAUUUUUGUGCACAGUUUCUUGUAUCGCGAGAAGCAAAAGGUCAAAACCGCGCAGAAGCGUCAAUCAAGCGGGCUCGCGGUCUUAAUCCUAUGGUGGAGAUAUCUGCGGACACAGAAGCACUUGCAUCCAAAAAUGUUGACUACUUUACACAGUUCGACGUUGUAAUCGUGAUUGGGGCAUUCAUUUCAGAAUUAAAUCGUGUUGACACCAUUUGUCGCCAAAAUGGCAUAAAAUUCUUUGCUGGUGAUGUAUGGGGGAUGUUUGGUUAUUGCUUUGCUGACCUUCAGGAACACCAAUUUGUCGAAGACGUGGCAAAACACAAAGUUAUUUCGAAGCCCAACGAAAAAGUUAAAACUGAGUUAGUUACUGCGGCCGUUCAACGAACUUUGAAUUUCCCACCUUUUGAUGCGGUUAUUGAAUUCGACAUCAAUGCACCUACGUUCCAAAAGAAACUUAAGCGUACAGGACCUGCUUUUCUAUUAUUGCGUGUUAUGCAAGAAUUCCGAGAAUUAUUUGGUAAAGAUCCUAGUUAUAAAAAUCGUGAGAAAGAUUUUGCAGAUUUGAAGAGUAUACGAAACACAAUGACCAACGAGAGCUCUUUGACGGAUGAUUAUUUUGAGAAUGUGUUCGCACAAGUUUCUCCAUCUGCUGCAGUUGUCGGUGGUGUUUUAUCUCAAGAAAUUAUUAAAGUGGUCACAAAAAAGGAGGCGCCCAAUUGUAACGUAUUUCUGUUUGAUCCCGAUACAUGUUGUGGUUAUAUAGAAACAGUUGGUAUGAAUUAAUAUUAAAAAUCUCAAAUUGAAUAAAACAUAUAAACUUAAAGUUUA